AUAAUACCGAACCGGUUCCUUCAUACUUGUUAGUCGAAGUUCCAAGCAACAAUUUCGAUACAGAACAACUUUAAACAUCGUCUAAGACGUCUACCAUAAAGGUUUCCAAAAUGAAAAGUUUCGUAAUAUAUGUAGCAUUGAGUUUAGCAAUAGCAACUGCUAAUGGAAGAGUAAAAUAUUCUAGAGAGGAAGAUGAUUUACAAGAGAUUGUACAAGCUGGAAAUGAACUUGGUUUUAAAAUUAUCAAAACUUUAUCUCAAGAACAAGGAAAUACAUUUUUUUCACCUAUUAGUAUAUCUAUGUUAAUGGGAUUAGUUUAUUCUGGCUCAAAAAAUGCUACAGCUACUGAAAUUCAGAGAGCCCUAAACUAUCCACCUGAAGUGGCAGAACGCUUCAAAAUCUUAUUGGAUAUAAUUCAAAUUUCAAAAGAAAAACCAGUAAAAACAUUUCAACCUUAUCAACUGGAAAUGGCAAACGCCAUGCUUGUAGAUAAAUCAUUCAAUAUUUUAUCUUCAUACAAAGAACAAAGUAGAACAUAUUUUGAUGCUGCUGUUGAAAGUGUAAGUUUUUCAUUACAUCCUGAAGCAGCAGUUGAAUCUGUAAAUGGUUGGGUCGCGUGGAAAACCAGGAAUAAGAUUCCAAAAUUAUUGGACAAACCCCUGGAACCUUUAACUAAAUUAUUUCUUAUGAAUGUUGUGUAUUUUAAAGGAACAUGGAAAUUAAAAUUCGAUCAGAGAUUAACAACCCCAGAUACAUUUUACAAUGAUGGCCGUAUUCCAAAAACUGUUGCUAUGAUGAGGCAAAAAAGAAAGUUACGUUAUGGAUUCAAUAGCAAAAUACAAGGAGAAGCUUUGGAGUUGCCUUAUUCUGGAGAUCGUAUAUAUAUGCUCCUACUUUUGCCAGAGAAAAGAGAUGGCUUAGCAGAUAUGGAAAAAUUACUUUCAGAAGAAGUUAUAACAAAUAUUUCUUCUAAUCUUCGAAGCUUACCAAUUCAAGUGACUCUUCCUAGGUUUAGUUACACAGCAGAAUAUAAUCUUAUACCGAUUCUAAAAAAUCUUGGUAUUCAAACACUUUUUAAUGCUUCAUCUGUUGACCUUGGAGGCAUAAGCUCAACAGAAUCUCUUUAUGUUUCCAAAGUACUUCAUAAAUGUGCAAUUCAAGUGGAUGAAGAAGGUGGUGAAGCAACUGUGGUUACCGGUGUAUCAGCAGGAGUUCGAACUGGAGGCCCACUAGUGCCUCUUUUUACAGCAGAUCAUCCAUUUUUAUUUUUUAUACGAGAUCGCUUCCUAAAUUUGACACUUUUUAUAGGUAGAGUAACACAUUUAUAGAACUUUAAUUCAUAUAAACGCUCCAUUAGUCUACAUAUCAUUUCAUUAAACUGAUAAUAUAAAAUACCUGGAAAGCAUAUUAAAUGGGCCUUUAAAGUAAAGGAGUAAAUAAAAAAUGAGUAUCUCAGAACUGUUUAAAGUUCAUGAUGAAAUGUAAAGUUUAAAUAUCCAGCACUUCAAUUUCUAAAUGUUGAAUCUUAAUUUAAAAAAUAUAAAUAAGCAAAGAAAAAUAAACAAUUGAAAUCUUGUGAUAUAAAAAAAAUGAGACAUCAGAAUGCAAUUUAUUGCAGAAUGAAUUUAGAGUAGCUUGAUUGAUGUAGUAUUGAUUAAAAAAAACAUCAUUAAUUAUUAAAAUAUAACAAAAUUAUAGACAAUUUUGACUGAAAAUCAGGGUUAUCAACUUUCAUAGUGGAAAAAACACAGAAAAAACAGCUCUGGAAGAAAUAGGUUUCUUCCAACCUAAAUUAUAUAUGUGGAAAAAAACUGCAAUAAUAAAUAAAAUUUUAAACAGUUUUUAAAUGCAAUCCAGUUUAAAUAAUAUUAUUUCAAGGCAUUUAAUUAAUUAUUUUUAAGUAAGUGAAAAUAAUAAAGCAAAAAUUGAAAAGAAAAAUAAAUUUAAUUAAUUUAUUAAGAAAUUAAAACAACUGUAAUUUCCUCCACUGUUUUACAUAAAAGUAUAAUAUUUAAAAAUUGCAUAAAGAACUUUUAAAAUGCUGUCAUCAAAUUAUGUAUUAUUGUAUUAGACUAUAAAUCGCACACUGUAUUCAUAAUUAUUAACAGCAUACUAAGUAUAAUAACUAAAUGCUGGUAAGUAUGAAUAUGUAAAAUAAUUGUUACAUAGUAUGCUAAAGGAAAGGUAUUUAUAAUUAAAUAUUUUUAAUAAAA